AUGGCCGGAAGGAGAGGGGCGGGGCCUCCAGGCUUGCUGCUGGGCCCGAAAGGGCUGGGGGAAGGGAAAGCGGGACUGACAGUUUCUGGGGAAAAGCAAAGGGCGGGCGCAAGGCUGCCUCCUGAGGCUCUCCUUACUUGCAAUUCCUUCCGCUUUGCUGAGUUGGGAGUGGCGACCUCCAGCACAGCAUUCAAGUGUUUCACUUCAUUCAAGUAUGAAGAAACAGGUGGCAGGACACUGCUAGUAAUUGGAUUCUAUGCAGCAGAACAGGUAUUUCAAAAGGCACCUGAGGAAUUUGAACUCCUCAGCAAUGUGCCAUUGAAGUAUGAAUAUAUUGAAAAUGUUGGAGAAUGUUGCAACCACAUGACUGGUGUUGGGCCAGUCUUAAAUAUCUAUCCAUGGAAUAAAAAGCUCUAUUUGAUCAGUGCACAUGUAAAAUUCUCAAGAAUCGACCACAUAUCAGAUCAUUUCAAUACUGAGCUCAACAACCACAGUGGGCUCACAGCGGCCUAUAAGGUAUUUGAAAACCUGAGCAUAGCAUACCAGAUCUUCUGUGUCCUGGCUGCUGCCUGCCUCUUCCCCAGCCACAUCAACCACCACACCGACAUUGGCACCCGACUCUACAGCCAUCCAUAA